AUGUCUGCUCCACCGAGUGAUCAACCGGAAGAGCUAGAUGCUCUCAUUGUCGGCGCUGGAUUUUCUGGUUGCUAUCUUCUCAAAAAGCUACGUGAUGAACUCAACUUGAAUGUCAAAAUAUUUGAAGCUGGUUCAUCGUUGGGCGGUACUUGGUACUGGAACCGCUAUCCCGGUGCUCGAGUCGACUGCCCAGUCCCCGGCUACGAGUUGUCCGCCGAAGACGCCUGGAAGAAUUGGACCUGGAAGGAGAAAUAUCCGAGCUGGGAAGAACUUCAGCAAUACUUUGCUCACAUCGACCGUGAGUUAUCUAUCAGCAAAGAUUGCUUCUUUCAUCACGAAGUUGUCUCGGCCGAGUUUCUUUCCAAGGAGCGGAAAUGGGCCGUGACCACCCAAAAUGGCAGAGUAGUCUUUGCCAAAUAUCUCAUUCCAGCCAUUGGAUUUGCGGCGAAGCAAUAUGUUCCAGACUGGAAAGGUCAUGAUACCUUCCGUGGGAAGAUCUAUCAUUCUUCUGCCUGGCCAGAACAGGGUGUGAGUGUGGAAGGCAAAAAGGUCGCAGUGAUCGGCACAGGGUCUACUGGGGUCCAAAUUGGCCAACAAUGGGCGAAGGAAGCCGCCGAGACCUUUAUCUUCCAAAGGACACCAAAUACUUGCCUUCCUAUGCGCCAGGAAAGACUUGAUCCUGCCAACCAGAUGAAGGUUGAAGACCGCUUGGCAUUGUUCGCAACCAGCCGAACAACAUUUGGAGGCCUUCCAUACAACAACGUACCACGUAAUUCCUCUGAUGAUACGCCCGAGGAAAGACAGGCUACCUAUGAAAGAUUAUACGAAGAAGGUGGCUUGAAACUCUGGAACGCAUCAUACAAGGACCUCAUGAUCGAUCAUGCUGCAAACCGCGAAGUCUACGAUUUUUGGGCCAAGAAAACCAGAGCCAGAAUCAAUGACCCAGAGCUUAAGGAUCUUCUCGCACCUCUGGAACCACUUCAUGCAUUUGGUGCGAAACGCCCUUCACUCGAACAAGAUUUUUACGAGCAAUUCAACAAGCCACACGUGCAUCUGGUUAGCAUCAAGGACAACCCAAUCUCGGAACUUCGUCCCAACGGCAUCGUCACAGCAGACGGCAAACUUCAUGCAGUUGACAUCAUUGCCAUCGCAACGGGCUUCGAUUCUGUAACAGGUGGUAUUAAACGAAUGGGAAUCAAGGAUGUAGACGGAGUUGAACUGAGUACGAGAUGGGACGAGGGUAUCUAUUCCUACCUCGGUCUCAUGGUCAGCCGCUGUCCAAACAUGUUCUUACCAUACAGUGCUCACAGCCCGUCUGUCUUCUCAAAUGGACCGACGACCAUUGAAAGCCAGGGUUCGUGGAUUGUCGAAGUCAUCAGGCAGAUGGAAUCGGAGGGUAUCCAAGAGCUUGAUGUCAAAAAGGAGACCGAGGAAGCCUGGCGCGAUGAGAUCCUGGAAGUUGCAAACAUGACAUUGCUACCCACGACAAAGUCAUGGUACAUGGGCUCCAAUAUUCCAGGGAAACCAGUUGAGCCACUCUUUUAUGUCGGUGGUCUUCCGCGAUACCUGGAAAAGUGUGCGGAGGCUUUGAACAGCAACUGGGAACAUUUCACCACAUGCAAGGUCUGA